AUGGACGCAUUCAAGUUGUUGACUCGCUCCACGAAGCUGAAGCCCGCGUCGUCGGCUCCGACAUCAGCCCGUCUCCCGUCAACGGGCAAGGCGGAGAACCCGCAGCUUUUUCGCAACGCGGAGCUCGACAGGGCGCUCGCGGAAGCGAGGCAAGGGAAAAAGAGAAAGAGGGGCGAUGCUGCUGCUGCGGCUGCGGCAGAUGAUGAUGAUGAUGAGGCCGUCGCGGUGAACCUUGACUUUUUCAAUCCUGGGAAACGGAAGCGAGAUCAAGCUUCAGAUGAUGAAGGUCAUGAUGAUGACGAAGAUCGCUCUUCAGGGGGAGAGGAAGAGGUAGAUGAGGAGGAUUCAAUGGAUGAUGUGGAACGCCGCACAAUCUUGAACUCGCAUAAGAUCAAGGUCACGGAUCUACGGGAUUGGGAUGUCCUGCAUCCUACUAAGCCAGCUGAGAAGCCGAAGAAGAAAAAGAAGAAGCAAGAAGCGGCGGCGGCGCCGCCAGUCCCGAGCAAGAAGGAGCAAAAAAAGGCACGCCGGUUGUAUCCAGAGCCUCUAGUUUCCUUCCAGGAGCUACGGACAAAACACAAGAUCUCCAAACGACUUGCGGAGAAUGUCGCAGAGCAAGGAUUCACUGUUCCGACUGAAGUGCAGCUGGGCACUCUACCUCUUCUUUUGGGCGGUUCCAAGGUGCUCGGCGCCUCGUCAUCAGCGAUUUCUGCCGAUCCGGAUCUACUUGUCGUUGCCCCGACAGGCAGUGGCAAGACCCUGUCGUUUUUGAUUCCGGUCAUCAACAAGAUUCUUCGGCUACAUCAUGAGCAGCCGGAUGAAAGGGGAAUUUUUUCAGUUGUUGUCGCUCCCACCAAGGAACUUGCCGGUCAAAUUGUCAACGAGGGCCGAAAGCUGGUUCUAGGCACGGGUGUCAAGAUCGCUCUGAUGAAAAAGGGCAUGGAAGUCGUCGAACGUGGGGAUGAAGACGACAGAGCCGUAAAGACCACUGAUAUUCUGGAUGAGGACAGUGAAGAAGAUUCCUCAUCCGCUUCAGAUGAAGACGAGGAGGAAAACACAGAGAAAAAGAAGACGAGAACUAAGGCCCCUGUGACCAAAAGCGAUAUCCUUGUUACCACACCGCUGCAACUCGUCAAUGCGCUGUCUGCAAAUCGUACGAAACCAUUAGCCCAGCUUCCCCUGGUGAGAAGCUUGGUUCUGGAUGAGGCAGACGUUCUCUUGGAUCCCUUGUUCCGGGAACAGACGCUUGAUAUCUGGCGCUCGUGUUCUCAUCCCGACAUGAGGAUCAGUCUCUGGUCAGCAACCAUGGGUUCGAACAUUGAAGAUCUGGUCAAAUCGACCAUAAAGGAGCGCCAGGAGUUUCACGGUCUGGAGACGAAUUCCUCCUCGCCUCUCGUCCGUCUGGUGGUUGGCUUGAAAGACUCGGCCAUCCCCAAUAUCGACCACAAGCUCAUCUACGCUGCAACAGAGCAGGGUAAACUUCUGGGCUUGAGACAACUUCUACGCCCUGCAACGGCUUCUUCCUCCGAUGUCCGGCUCCGCCCACCGUUUCUGAUCUUCACCCAAACCAUUCCCCGAGCGGUUGCGUUGCAUUCGGAACUACUAUACGAUAUCCCCGUCGAGGCGGGAGGUUCGUCUCGUAUCGCCGUGCUUCACUCGGACCUGUCUGACAUCCAGCGGUCCGAGAUCAUGAAAGGGUUCCGCAAAGGAGAGAUUUGGAUUCUCGUCACCACAGAUCUGUUGGCCCGCGGUGUUGAUUUCCGCGGCAUCAACGGCGUGGUCAACUACGAUAUCCCCAACUCGGCUGCGGUCUACGUACACCGCGUGGGACGAACGGGAAGAGCUGGCCGUGAGGGCGGCAUCGCCGUGACUUUCUACACCAAGGAAGACAUCCCCUACGUCAAGAGCAUCGCGAACAUCAUUGACGUGAGCGAGAAGCUGCGCGGCAAGACCGGCGAAAAGUCCAUCCAAAAGUGGCUGCUUGAUGCCCUGCCGGACCUAAGCAAAAACGCCAAGAAGGAACUGAAGAAACACGGCGUCCGGGCCCGCCAGUCCCAUAAUAAACAGACAAAGGAGGAAGAGAAUGGGAAGCACCGUCCUGGUCAGACCAGGAUCAGUACCAAGAGCGGCUACGAACGGCGGAUGGAGAAUAAGAAGAAGGGCGCCAUUGCUGCCAGCCGCAAGAGGAAGGACACCGCAGUACCAUCUGGAGAUCCCGGUAGCGACGAGGACUGGAACGGGCUUGACGAUUAG